AUGAUUGCCACCUUACAGAAAGACGAGGUUCAGGUUGUCACUCUGUCACCCGACGAACGGCGCAAUGGCAAGUAUGCACCAGCCACGCUGCAGCGAGCACUCGAGGCGAUGCACCAAGACGGUCUGGUCGUACUCAAAGGCGUGAUUGACCCGGCGCAUAUUGCAGCCGUGAAUGAGAAAAUGUGCGAGGACGCGGACCGAAAGAGAGCAGAUCCGGACCAGUUGUAUAAUCACUGCGUCAAGUCAAAUUUCCUUCAACGCCCGCCCGUCAAGGACUCGUCAUAUCUCUUUGACGAUGUCUACUUUAACCCGUUCCUCCUGCAACUUGCGAACGCCUACCUCGGCCAUAAACCCAUAUGGAACUGGCUAACGUCGAACGUUGCGCUGUCGGAUACAUCGGGCAUGCGCCAACCAGCGCACAAGGACUGCUCGUUCGCCCACCCACAGUAUCCGUAUUACUUCAUCGCGAACAUCCCGCUGUGCGACUUCACUGUUGAAAACGGUGCCACGGAAUUCUGGCUCGGCUCGCACGCCCACGCCACUUCCCACGAGCAGAUCAUCGCCACCAAACCGGAGGAGGUUGUCGAGUACGGCCGCUUGGGCGAACCGCUUCCCGCCAUCACGGAAGAGGCCAAGGAAGCACGUAUGGCGAUCCGGCCACCGCUGCAGCCAGAGUGCUCAGCAGGCGACAUCAUGAUACGCGAUCUUAGGUUGUGGCAUGCCGGGAUGCCAAAUGGGACAGACAGGCAUAGAAUCAUGAUCGGCCUCGGGUAUCAGCAAAACUUCUUCAUGAAGGCAGGGGGUCACGACAUGGUUGAGGUCCGGGCGAACUUCUACGAGGAUGGGGACUUUGAGAAAGUGACAAAGGACACUCAUUUUGAGUUGAGGCCUGAUUACCUAGAGUGA